UUUUGCAAAAUCAGCUUUCUGUCAGUUUCAUCAUGCCUGUUCCGUGUCGAAAAUGCGGUGGUUCUGCAAUAUUAAAGAGGCCUAAAACUGGUGAUGCUUUGUGUAAGGAGUGUUUUUACGCAGCCUUUGAGAGUGAGAUACAUCACACCAUCGUGACAGGCAAGCUUUUCACCAGAGGAGAGAGGGUAGCUGUCGGAGCCUCAGGAGGCAAAGAUUCCACAGUACUAGCCUAUGUGCUGAAGCUACUCAAUGAGAAAUACGACUAUGGCCUUGAUCUGGUUCUUCUCUCGGUGGAUGAAGGAAUUACCGGAUACAGGGAUGACUCCCUGGAGACUGUGAAAAGGAACCAGCAGCAAUAUGAUUUACCCUUGAAAAUAGUUUCAUAUGAGGAACUAUAUGGCUGGACAAUGGAUUCCAUUGUGAAGCAGAUUGGUCGAAAAAACAACUGUACAUUCUGUGGUGUAUUUAGACGGCAAGCUCUAGACAGAGGUGCGUUACUGGUCAAUGCAGGCAAGAUCGUCACAGGACACAAUGCAGAUGACAUUGCAGAAACGAUUCUUAUGAACAUCCUCCGAGGUGAUAUUGCAAGAUUGAGGAGGUGUGCAGACAUCAUAACGGGAGCAGAAGGAGCGCUGCCACGGUGCAAGCCAUUCAAGUACACUUACGAGAAGGAGAUCGUGAUGUACGCGUACUUCAAGAAGCUGGACUAUUUCUCUACCGAGUGCAUCUACUCUCCAAACGCUUACCGCGGCUAUGCUCGGGCAUACCUGAAAGACUUGGAGAAGAUCAGGUCUACUUCUAUCAUUGAUAUCAUCCAUUCUGGUGAGAGCCUGUCCAUCAAGAAGGAUGUGAAGAUGCCGACCCAGGGAACCUGCUCUAGGUGUGCCUACAUCUCCAGCCAGCCUGUCUGUAAGGCAUGUACUCUCUUAGAGGGACUCAACAAAGGACUUCCAAAGCUUGGAAUUGGUAAACCACACAAGGCAAGAAAGAGGCUUGAUGCUGUUGAUCUAAAGGCCUCUACGGAUUCAUCAACGCCACCACCAUCAUCCUCCUCAACAUCAUCUGAUCCAGCUGCAUCAAUAGCACCAUCAUCGUCAUCGUCAUCAUCACCGUCGUCAUCGAACGUUGCAGCAGAAGUGAAGCAGGUUGUGGACUUCUGACAGGCUCAGGUUUUAAUCACAGCAAACAUACAUGAACUUUUUGAGCUAUUAAA